AUGCCUCCCUCCCACGCAGGCCCUCCCGGCAUCAUCCCGCACCAGCUCCCCGCACACCGCCUCCCCGGCGCCCCCCGCUCCGCCUCCCCGCCUUCCCCUGGGCGCGCGCCUGGCACGCGCAGCCAGAUUUCGUGCCGCCUCCAUCAGAGCCGAGCGGGCGGCUCAGCGGAGCGGCCGCGUCCGCCGCCACCGCCGCCUCCGCCGCCUCCGCCGGGGUCCUCCGCGUUGCCGGUGUCCGCGGCCCCGUGCCCCCGGCCGCCGCCGCCCGCGCCCCCGGAGCGCCCCGCCGGGGGCUGGGCUGAGCCUCCUGGAGAGAUGGUUCCAAGGCGCCGCGGAACCGACGAGCCUCCUCCUCCUCCUCCUCCUCCGCCGCCGCCCCUGCUGCCCGCCAGCCAAGAGGUGUCAGCGGCUGGAGACUCCGGGGAAGGUCCGAGGCGCCUCCCGGAGGUGGUCGUCCCCCCAGCGGCGGAGGCGAAAGGCGGCCCCCCGGAGCCGGAGGCCAGCGCGGCUGGAGAGGGCGAGCGGCGGGGCGCCGGCGACCAGCCCGAGACGCGCUCGGUCUGCAGCAGUCGAAGCAGCAGCAGCGACCAGCGCUCCGGGCACCAGCACCAGCACCACCAGCCCAUUUGCAAGAUCUGCUUCCAGGGCGCCGAGCAGGGUGAGUUGUUAAACCCCUGUCGAUGUGAUGGGUCUGUCCGGUACACGCACCAGCUCUGUCUGCUGAAGUGGAUCAGUGAGAGGGGCUCCUGGACCUGCGAACUCUGCUGCUACCGGUACCAUGUCACAGCCCUCAAGAUGAAGCAGCCUUGCCAGUGGCAGAGCAUUUCUAUAACACUGGUUGAGAAAGUUCAGAUGGUCGCUGUUAUCCUAGGAUCCCUGUUCUUAAUAGCCAGUGUGACUUGGCUCCUCUGGUCAGCCUUCAGCCCCUAUGCAGUGUGGCAGAGGAAGGACAUCCUUUUUCAGAUCUGCUAUGGAAUGUAUGGUUUUAUGGAUCUAGUGUGCAUAGGUCUCAUCAUCCAUGAAGGGGCUGCAGUUUUCAGAGUGUUCAAACGCUGGCGAGCCGUUAACCUGCACUGGGACGUGUUAAAUUAUGAUAAAGCCACGGACAUGGAAGAAAGCAGCCGAGGCGAGUCCUCGGCCGGCAGGACUUUGUGGCUACCGCUGACGGCUCUGCGGAACCGGAACCUGGUCCACCCCACGCAGCUCACCUCCCCGCGCUUCCAGUGCGGCUACGUGCUGCUGCAGCUCCUGAACCGGAUGAGGACCCGCGAGGAUGCUCCGGGAGAUAACAGCUCGGGCGAGGUCGUGAUGAGAGUGACUUCGGUGUGACCAGGGCGGACCCCACCCACACACAUUUUGGAAUGUAAUUGCAAUGAAAGGCGAAACCAUAGCACUUCUAACAACGUCGUACAUCGAUGAACUUUUUAAAAUCUAUGCUUUUUAUAUGAACAUUUGAAUUGCAAAUACAUUUUCUGGAAAAAAAAAAAAGAGUCCUCUUGUUUGCUUUCCGACUUGUUCCAUCUUUUAUAAGUUA